CCUGCCUGGCAGAGGGACUCUGCUCGGCGAGCAGGCACACAGAGCCGCCGCUCUGCCCCUCCAGCCCCCGCAACCCGCCGGGGCCGGGGAGCGGCCGCUGCCCGGGGGCUGCCCGGGGGUGCCCGAGGGCUGCCCGCUUGUCCCGGGGCCGCCGGGGCCGCGGGGAGGCGGCGAGGCAGAGCUGUCCCCCCCGGGGCAUUUCCCGGAGCCGAGCGGGGCCGGGGAGCCGGCUGGAAAUGGAAGGAUGAAGUGUGCAGCCGGAGCGGUGAUGUUCGUCCUCUCCUUGCUCUCCCCUGCAGGAACGUAAUCCGCAAUGCUAGUUCUCAGGUUGCUCAAUGUUGUUGCUCCAGCCUACUUCUUGUGCAUCUCCCUAGUGACCUUCGUCCUCCAGAUCUUUCUCUUCAUCCCCAGCAUGUUCAGAGACCCUUCCACCACCCCACUUUUCUCUCCUGCUCUGCUGCAUGGGGCCCUCUUCCUCUUCCUCUCAGCUAAUGCCCUGGGCAACUACGUCCUCGUGAUCCAGAGCUCCCCUGAGGACUCGGGCAAGGGCUUAAACUUGGGCGAAGGAGCCGAAGUGGUGGCGGACUGGCUGGAUGGAAGCAGGUCCCCUGGCUCAGCCCUGCCCAGCACUCACUUCUGUAGACUGUGUGCCAGAAUCACCCAGAGGCAUGACCACCACUGUUUCUUCACAGGGAACUGCAUCGGGAGCAGGAACAUGCGGAACUUCAUCAUGUUCUGCCUCUACACCUCCCUGGCUUGCCUCGACUCCCUGGUGGCAGGCAUGGCUUACAUUUCUGCGGCACUCUCCAUGUCCUUCGCAAGCCCGCUGGCCUUCCUCACCCUCCUGCCUCACUCCAUCAGCCAGUUCUUCUCAGGAGCUCUCCUCAGCUCUGAGAUGUUUGUCAUCCUCAUGCUCUACCUCUGGCUCGGGAUCGGACUGGCCUGCGCCGGCUUCUGCUGCCACCAGAUGCUGCUGAUCUUACGCGGGCAGACACGGUACCAGGUGCGGAAAGGGAUGGUGGUGAGAGCCCGGCCCUGGAGGGAGAACCUGCGGGAGGUCUUUGGCAAGAGGUGGCUGCUAGGACUUCUCAUCCCUGUGCUGAAUGUGGGAAGCGACUACCGUAGGCAGAAAGGGAAAUAACCCUGCACGCGCGCACCCCAUGCAGGCAACACCUCCCCUGCUCUCCCCCUGCCUGUGGGAUUGCCGAGGAGCUGGGCCACUCCAUCCCUCGGCGCCGUGGCCUUCGUGGGAGGAAGGGGCUGGCAAUCAGGCAGAAUCAGCUCAGCGUAGUAACACGGAGAUCACAAACCACGUAGAUGAAGAGAUACCGCAGCUUAGUAGCCCCAUCACUGCACCUGUGAACACGGCAACAGGCUUUGAACGAGCAGAGAAACCGGCCAGGCCCCCCCGCGGCACCCCAGCCCCCUCAGCCGCCCCGCGUGCUCCCCGACAGGCCGCGCAGGAGCUUUCAGAGGGCCUGGGCUGCUGUGGUAGCUGCACAAACAGCCUCUGCUCCUCAGGACGGGCUUGCAGGGUGCCUUUGGCUCUGCCAAACUUGAGGUAACUUCCCAGCACUGAGAAGCCUUUACUGACAGAGCUGCGGUGCAAUUGAGCCACCGUAGGAGUGGGCGACGCACCUGGCUAUGGUGGCAUGCAAACCUUCUCUCCACAGGCUAGGAAAGCAGGAGGAAAACAGAGAGAAAU